AUGCCGCUGGAGGCGGGCAGCCAGAAUGCGCUCGAACAGCUUGCCCGCCUUAUCCAACAGGCAUAUCGGGCGAUACGCCAAGGGCGAGUCCGCGGGGCGCCCCUCAUUGGGGAGGAGCACCAGCCGGCCGACUUUCCAGAGAGAGGGGAAUCGUCCCGCCAUCAGGCAGCCGUCAAACAACCGCCUGAGGCAGUCCCCGAGGACACAAAGGGCCACAGCUCAGACCCGACCGUGGAUGCCAUUCGGCCCCAGAGCAAUCUUUUUGGCCCGGAGCCGAGCGACAGCCCGGCCAAGCCCCCCACUCCUCCGACCAGACCACCUCCCGGUCCUCGGAGUCCGCUCGAAGCGCCCAACCCAUCCCCAGAAGGGGGAGGGAGCGCGAGCCCACAGGAGCUCGUUCCAGGCCCGGGCCUUGGCCCCCACUCCGCCGACUUGGCGUUGAAGUCCCCGGCAACCACCACUCUUCCAGGUAGGGCCGCGGCGACCAUCGACCCGAUACGGGUCAGCGUGUCGCCGAAGCCCACGAGGUCCUCGCUGGGCGGGAUGCAGACGCUGACGACCACAGUCCCCCCCUACCGGGCAGCGAGGUAUCCCCUGCCCCUCUCUACCAACAAGAGGGGAAGAGGCAACGCCCCAGUCCGAUUGCAAACGAUCGCCGCCGAACCCGCCACGUCCUCCAGCCAGUCCGGUCUGGCCGAGGGGACGCGGUAG